AUGAAUAACAAAGUACAACCAAAGGGUAGACAUAUGGAGCUCAGGAACGUGAUGGGAUAUUUCCUACAAGAUGAUCAGAAUACUGAUUCAAAAACCUUCAAUUAUACUACAAUGAACUUUGGUUUGAAAGAUCGUGUGUAUGAUACGGAUCCAGAAUUUGAUCCAGAGAGGCAGAAAACCCAAUGGGAAAGAUUUGAGAAUCAUGUUAUGAAGCUCAAUAAUCAGACUCCUGAGAAUGUACAGUAUAAGGUUCUUUACUUGGGGCGUCAUGGUGAAGGCUACCACAAUAUCAAGGAGACUGAAGUAGGAAAAGAAGCAUGGGAUUGCUACUGGUCUCAUUUGGACGGAGAUGCAAAUUCCACAUGGGCUGAUUCCCAGCUUGCUCCCACUGGUGUUGCUCAAGCUCUCGUGGCUAACAACUUCUGGGAAAACCUAAUCACUACACAACACAUAUCUCCACCAGAGUCCUACUACGUUUCGCCCCUAACUCGUUGCCUUGAAACAUGUUCCCUCACAUUCAAAAACCUACCACUCCCUCCCUCAUCACCCCCAUUCACCCCCAUAAUCAAAGAACUUCUCCGUGAAGGAAUCUCCUCCCACACAUGCGAUCGACGCCGCUCCAAAACCUAUAUCCACGCUCUCGCUCCUACCUGGAAAUUCGAACCCAAGUUCGUCGAAGAAGAUCCCUACUGGCGCGCCAAUUACUCGGAGACUCAAGAGACAGAAAACCGAAGGUUUAAAACCCUUCUCGACGAUUUAUUCAUGAAUGAUAAUAGUACCUUCGUAUCCCUCAGUUCUCAUUCCGGAGCCAUCAACACCAUUUUACGAGUAAUCGGCCAUCGAACCUUUCCCUUGAACACUGGAGCUGUUAUCCCCGUUUUGAUUGAAGGACAGAGUGUAUUGGGAGAAGAUCCAAACCCGAUCUACAAGGGUCCGGAAUAUACCAAAGAUGCAAAAAUAUGCCCAGCGCCUCCAUCUCAACUCGGUAUCCCAAAGCCGGUAAAUGACAUUGGAUUACAAAAACCCAGCGACGUCAUACCGCCUCCACCAGCUCCAGCUCCAGAGCCAAUCGCACUCGUCCCUGCCGAGCCAAACUCCCCUGCGGACCCGCUCCCACCCAUUGAACCAUUCCCUCCAAUUAACCCAAUACCACCGACCGAUCCCAUCGACCCAGCACCCGUAAAGGCAAAUCCUCUUCCCGUCGAACAGAUAGCCUCUCAAAAUGUAGAGGUAAAUUCUCCUCCAAUCGAGACAGCUCCGCCCACAGAUAAUGCGGUAAACCCACCUCCAUCUCCAUCUCCACCACCCACCAAUCCAGUUCCCAAUCCUCCAAUCGAAGCCGCCCCUCUCCCUCUCCCUCUCCUCAUACCAACUCCCUUACCCAUCGAGCCCAGCAAUACCAUCGAGGCCAACAUACCCGACCCCAUAUCACCCACCGAACCAGCCCCUCUUAUUCCGGAGGACCAUGGUAAUGGUAAUGGCAAUGAUAAUGGAGCGCCUUCUUCAUAG